GUUCUCUUUGCAAUGGAAAGAGGAAAGAGAAAUUAGAAUUGUUUUUUAAAUUGUCAUUUGAUUUCUUCAGAGUUAUUGUGGCCUUCUGAACUGCAGAACUGGGGCUCCUUUGCAUCUUCCAGUUACAAAUUCAGUGCCUUCUGCAGUUUCCCCAGAGCUCCUCAAGAAUAACGGAAGGGAGAUUGCGGAAGCAUGAGAAGAUUCUGUAACUGAGAGGCAUUCUUCAAGCUGCUGGAAAAUAUUACAGAAGGAACACCUUCCAAAUUUUGCUUCAAGCUCUGAAAAAAGGAGCACACAGGGGAACCUUAGUCUUGCUUGUGGAUCGAAGCAAAUACUAUCACAGCGAGGAACUGGGACUUUGUGUGCGGACUCCUGGCUUGAUCUUUAUAGGAUUGGGUGUAUGUUGUUGGAACUGGCAGGCCAAGAGGCCCUGAAACCAGCAGGUGCCAUCUAUAUGGAGAAAAGCGGCUGUAGUCCAUUUCCAGUGUGUUGGGCUAAAGAGUAUGACAGAUACCUAGCAUCUAGCAAAAUAAUGGCAGCUGCUUACCUUGACCCCAACUUGAAUCACACACCAAAUUCAAGUGCUAAGACUCACCUGGGUACUGGUAUGGAACGUUCUCCUGGUGCGAUGGAGCGAGUAUUAAAGGUCUUUCAUUAUUUUGAAAGCAAUAGUGAGCCAACCACCUGGGCCAGUAUUAUCAGGCAUGGAGAUGCUACUGAUGUCAGGGGCAUCAUUCAGAAGAUAGUGGACAGUCACAAAGUAAAGCAUGUGGCCUGCUAUGGAUUCCGCCUCAGUCACCUGCGGUCAGAGGAGGUUCACUGGCUUCACGUGGAUAUGGGCGUCUCCAGUGUGAGGGAGAAGUAUGAGCUUGCCCACCCACCAGAGGAGUGGAAAUAUGAAUUGAGAAUUCGUUAUUUGCCAAAAGGAUUUCUAAACCAGUUUACUGAAGAUAAGCCAACUUUGAAUUUCUUCUAUCAACAGGUGAAGAGCGAUUAUAUGUUAGAGAUAGCUGAUCAAGUGGACCAGGAAAUUGCUUUGAAGUUGGGUUGUCUAGAAAUACGGCGAUCAUACUGGGAGAUGCGGGGCAAUGCCCUAGAAAAGAAGUCUAACUAUGAAGUAUUAGAAAAAGAUGUUGGUUUAAAGCGAUUUUUUCCUAAGAGUUUACUGGAUUCUGUCAAGGCCAAAACACUAAGAAAACUGAUCCAACAAACAUUUAGACAAUUCGCCAACCUUAAUAGAGAAGAAAGUAUUCUGAAAUUCUUUGAGAUCCUGUCUCCAGUCUACAGAUUUGAUAAGGAAUGCUUCAAGUGUGCUCUUGGUUCAAGCUGGAUUAUUUCAGUGGAAUUGGCAAUCGGCCCAGAAGAAGGGAUCAGUUACCUAACGGACAAGGGCUGCAAUCCCACACAUCUUGCUGACUUCACUCAAGUGCAGACCAUUCAGUAUUCAAACAGUGAAGAUAAGGACAGAAAAGGAAUGCUACAACUAAAAAUAGCAGGUGCACCCGAGCCUCUGACAGUGACGGCACCAUCCCUAACCAUUGCGGAGAAUAUGGCUGACCUGAUAGAUGGGUAUUGCCGGCUGGUGAAUGGAGCCUCGCAGUCAUUUAUCAUCAGACCCCAGAAAGAAGGUGAACGGGCUUUGCCAUCAAUACCAAAGUUGGCCAACAGCGAAAAGCAAGGCAUGCGGACACACGCCGUCUCUGUGUCAGAAACAGAUGAUUAUGCUGAGAUUAUAGAUGAAGAAGAUACUUACACCAUGCCCUCAACCAGGGAUUAUGAGAUUCAAAGAGAAAGAAUAGAACUUGGACGAUGUAUUGGAGAAGGCCAAUUUGGAGAUGUACAUCAAGGCAUUUAUAUGAGUCCAGAGAAUCCAGCUUUGGCGGUUGCAAUUAAAACAUGUAAAAACUGUACUUCGGACAGCGUGAGAGAGAAAUUUCUUCAAGAAGCCUGUAAGUUUCUAGAAAUUUCUGUGGAACUCCAUUUGAUUUUCUAUCUUUCUUUUUUCUUUUGGCCAUUGUUCCAAAAGCUGAGGUCGUUUUUGCAAGUAAGGAAAUACAGUUUGGAUCUAGCAUCUUUGAUCCUGUAUGCCUAUCAGCUUAGUACAGCUCUUGCAUAUUUAGAGAGCAAAAGAUUUGUACACAGGGACAUUGCUGCUCGGAAUGUUCUGGUGUCCUCAAAUGAUUGUGUAAAAUUAGGAGACUUUGGAUUAUCCCGAUAUAUGGAAGAUAGUACUUACUACAAAGCUUCCAAAGGAAAAUUGCCUAUUAAAUGGAUGGCUCCAGAGUCAAUCAAUUUUCGACGUUUUACCUCAGCUAGUGACGUAUGGAUGUUUGGUGUGUGUAUGUGGGAGAUACUGAUGCAUGGUGUGAAGCCUUUUCAAGGAGUGAAGAACAAUGAUGUAAUCGGUCGAAUUGAAAAUGGGGAAAGAUUACCAAUGCCUCCAAAUUGUCCUCCUACCCUCUACAGCCUUAUGACGAAAUGCUGGGCCUAUGACCCCAGCAGGCGGCCCAGGUUUACUGAACUUAAAGCUCAGCUCAGCACAAUCCUGGAGGAAGAGAAGGCUCAGCAAGAAGAACGCAUGAGGAUGGAGUCCAGAAGACAGGCCACAGUGUCCUGGGACUCCGGAGGGUCUGAUGAAGCGCCACCCAAGCCCAGCAGACCGGGUUAUCCUAGUCCGAGGUCCAGCGAAGGAUUUUAUCCCAGCCCACAGCACAUGGUACAAACCAAUCAUUACCAGGUAUGCCAGUCAUUACGGAUCCUGUUUCUACCAUACUUGCUGUUCUGCUUAUCUUUUCUUGAAAGACGCAUAAAACAAUGUAAGAACAUAGAAAUGGACUUAAGAGACUGGACAUGCUGUUUUCAACCCUUCUUCCAGGACUCUACAGCAUUGGACCUGCGAGGGAUUGGGCAAGUGUUGCCAACCCACCUGAUGGAAGAGCGGCUAAUCCGACAGCAACAGGAAAUGGAAGAAGAUCAGCGCUGGCUGGAAAAAGAGGAAAGAUUUCUGAAACCUGAUGUGAGACUCUCUCGAGGCAGUAUUGACAGGGAGGAUGGAAGUCUUCAGGGUCCGAUUGGAAACCAACAUAUAUAUCAGCCUGUGGGUAAACCAGGUAAAGAAGAAAAGAAUUGGGUGGAAAAAAAUCCUGCAGCUCCACCAAAGAAACCGCCUCGCCCUGGAGCUCCCGGUCACCUGGGAAGCCUUGCCAGCCUCAGCAGCCCUGCUGACAGCUACAACGAGGGUGUCAAGCCAUGGAGGCUUCAGCCCCAGGAAAUCAGCCCCCCUCCUACUGCCAACCUGGACCGGUCAAAUGAUAAGGUGUACGAGAAUGUGACGGGCCUGGUGAAAGCUGUCAUCGAGAUGUCCAGUAAAAUCCAGCCAGCUCCACCAGAGGAGUAUGUCCCUAUGGUGAAGGAAGUCGGCUUGGCCCUGAGGACGUUAUUGGCCACUGUGGAUGAGACCAUUCCCCUCCUACCAGCCAGCACCCACCGAGAGAUUGAGAUGGCACAGAAACUAUUGAACUCUGACCUGGGUGAGCUCAUCAACAAGAUGAAACUGGCCCAGCAGUAUGUCAUGACCAGUCUCCAGCAAGAGUACAAAAAGCAAAUGCUGACUGCUGCUCACGCCCUGGCUGUGGAUGCCAAAAACUUACUCGAUGUCAUUGACCAAGCAAGACUGAAAAUGCUUGGGCAGACGAGACCACACUGAGCCUCCCCUGGGAGCACGUCUUGCUACCCUCUUUUGAAGAUGUUCUCUAGCCUUCCACCAGCAGUGAGGAAUUAACCCUCUGUCCUCGGUCGCCAGCACUUAACAGCUCCAACUUUUUUGAAUGACCAUCUGGUUGAAAAUCUUUCUCAUAUAAGUUUAGUCACACUUUGAUUUGGGUUCAUUUUUUGUUUUGUUUUUUUUCAAUCAUGAUAUUCAGAAAUGUCCAGGAUCCAAAAUGUGGCAUUUUUCUAGGAAUGAAAAUUGUACAUGAGCUUUUAAGCAUCAUGAAGAACAGUUUAUGUUCACAUUAAGAUACGUUCUAAUGGGGAUGGCCAGGGGGUGACAUCUUAAUUCCUAAACUACCUUAGUUGCAUAGUGGAAGAGGAGAGCAUGAAGCAAAGAAUUCCGGGAAACCCAAGAGGCUGAGAAUUCUUUUGUCUACCAUAGAAUUAUUAUCCAGACUGGAAUUUUUGUUUGUUAGAACACCCUUCAGUUGCAAUAUGCUAAUCCCACUUUACAAAGAAAGAAUAUAAAAGCUAUAUUUUGAAGACUUGAGUUAUUUCAGAAAAAACUACAGCCCUUUUUGUCUUACCUGCCUUUUACUUUCGUGUGGAUAUGUGAAGCAUUGGGUCGGGAACUAGCUGUAGAACACAACUAAAAACUCUUGUCUUUUUUCACAGAAUAAUGUGCCAGUUUUUUGUAGCAAUGUUAUUUCUCUUGGAAGCAGAAAUGCUUUGUACCAGAGCACCUCCAAACUGCAUUGAGGAGAAGUUCCAGAACCAUCCCCUUUUUCCAUUUUUAUAUAAUUUAUAAAGAAAGAUUAAAGCCAUGUUGACUAUUUUACAGCCACUGGAGUUAACUAACCCUUCCUUGUAUCUGUCUUCCCAGGAGAGAAUGAAGCAAAACAGGAAUUUGGUUUUCUUUUGAUGUCCAGUUACACCAUCCAUUCUGUUAAUUUUGAAAAAAAUAUACCCUCCCUUUAGUUUGUUGGGGGAUAUAAAUUAUUCUCAGGAAGAAUAUAAUGAACUGUACAGUUACUUUGACCUAUUAAAAAGGUGUUACCAGUAAA